AAUCAGUUACACAUAUGAGUAUGUGGUUGUAAGGUGAGAAUAUGCUGAAUUUAAUUACAAAUAAUUUCUUGUACCGUAUUUUCCAGAAUAUAAGUCGCGCUUUUUUUCAUCCUUUGGCUGGGUUUGCGACUUAUUUUCACACUGACAGCCACUAGAGGGCACUCUAGGCGCGGUUACCAGUAUCUGCUACUCCUGUACCACGGAAAAUACAGUGCUUCAACAGCACAGCAUUGUUUGAGUGCCCAGGACAUUUUCUAUAUAAAGAAAUUAUAUAAAGAAAUCAGAUGAAUCGCAGGAAGGGUAGUUAUGACUGAUUGGGCUGCGACCCAUACGUGUGUUCGAAUGAGUGAUCACUCGUUUGUGGGCUAGAGAGAGACCGAGUGCAGCCGUAGAAUGGGCUGACUGACUAAGAUUAGAAAUGAUUUCUUGUGGUCAAAUCACUGAGACUGUGGCAGCACACAGGGGAAAGACAUUUACAGUACAUAUCCAGGUUCUUUAGAAGGCCAACACUCACAACAACGCCUUUCCACUCUCACCAAAGACCCAUAAAUGACACAAUAGCUCACCUCACAGGUAAUAAAUACACGUGUUUCUGACCCCAGCACAUAGCCCACUGAUAGGUUAACAUGGCCUUCUGUUACUCCUGUUAUCUACAUGAACUCUUUUUCUUACAGAGAUAAGAAACAUUUCAUGUAACCCACAGAGAUAUCUGUGAUUUCUCAUACAAUCUUUAACAAUACCCACCUCUAUUACAUAGCUGUAAUCCAAUCAAUGUGUAAUUCUAUUAUGUAAUCUGAACCGGUUCUCCCAAUAAUGAAUACCAAUGUUGAGCUAAUCUGUAAUCCUAAUCUUUCUCACUAACCUGUAAUCCUGUAACACUUUCCUCCCUCAGACACAGACAUAUUUUAUUUAAUGACAUUUAUAAACACUGUGUUACUUUCAUUUCCUAGCCUGGAAAUUCAGUAUAUCUAUGUCUGUUAAAUAACCCUAAUGCGACAUUGUACUUAAAAUACUAAACUACUCAAUGUUAUCGUAAUAUCCAUAGUAUUAUGAUACAAUAUAUACAUUUCAUUGCAAGGGUUUUAAUAUUUAAAAUAUUAUUCUGCUCAAAUCCAUACAUUUUUACUGCUAAUGUUAUUAACUACAGUUUUACUAUUAUUAUUAUUAUCAAAUUUAAUCGUUACAUAAGCAUAAUGUGACGUUCGUCAAUCGAACUGUAAUUGUAAUGGCAAAACCGUGUUGCAAUUAUAAUCCAUGACCAUGGGGUGGUGCUGUUUGACCAUAUUUGAUCAGCUUUUCACCGUGUCGCUGUGUGUCAGACACAGUUGUCUCUGACAGCAGCAGCUGUUCACGUGCACACUCUUAGACACGUGCUGUUAAAAGCUUUAGCAGUGGGAGAAGGAAAAGAGACGCUGGUCCCAAAAAUAUGUCUCCUCUGCAGCUCUCCGUUUACCUUCGUGUCUCCCUCGCCUUCUUCUUCAACUCCUUUCUGUUUUUCCUCGACAUAUUUACGGCGGCCACAUGUCGACGUUACAGGAACGCAGAGAAACGGAACCAAUCAGCAAUCAGUGAAAUGUCGGAGGCUGCGGAUGAUUGGAGGACAGGAGACCACAAAGCAGACUCAGCAUGUAUGUGCUCAGACCUCCUGUCAUAUGGUCUCCUGAUCUUUAUGUUUGGUGGGCUGAUCGGAUCUCUGGUGGGCGGAGCUUUAUCUGACUAUUUUGGCAGAUGUCCUCUGCUGCUGGCGUGUUUAUACGUGCAUGCCUUGUGCGCACUAGUCCCCGCCUUCCUUGCUCAGCCAAUCAUCUUCCUGUGUGUCCGCUGUCUGACAGGAGUCUGCUGCUGCUGCAUCAACAUCUCUGGAUUCAGUCUGGCAGUGGAGUGGACUCUGCCUUCUUUCCGCCCCUGGCCUAUGGCAUUACUGCCAUUCUUCUUCAGUGUGGGAAUGAUGGCCGUAGCCUCACUGGCGUGGCUCAGUUCCACAUGGAGAUUCUUCCACCUGUCACUGGCUCUACCACAGAUCCUCUGUCUGCCACUCUUCCUCUCCACCCCUGAGUCUCCCCACUGGCUGAAACUGAAGAAAAGAGUGGACGAUCUGGAACGUUACCGAUCGAACAGUCUUAAAGACAAACAUUGUCUCGACCAGUUGUUGUCAAGUUCCACCCUGCAGGAUUCUCAUUCCGAGGAGGCUCCCAGAAACCCUGCCCUCAGUGACAUCAAUCAGCUUCGACAUCCAACUAUGCUGAAGCGACUGCUGAUAAUGAGCUUCCUGAGUGCAGCAUCAGCUUUUACCUACUUUGGCAUCUGUAUGAACAUUGGCUCGUUUGGUGUGGGCGUGUACUACGCCCAGUUCUUCUCCGGCCUAUCAGAAGUUCCGUGUCUGCUGGUGCCUCUGCUGCGUUUGGGCCGACGAUCAUUCAGCUCCCUGGCUCUGUUCCUGAGUGGCUCUGCCUGCUUCUUGUCCUUACUGCUUUCCAGAUGCGACAGUGAUCCAGUGCUGGUGAUAAGUUUGGCUCUGCUGGGUAAACUCUGCAUCCUAGUAGUCAUCUUAAUCACCACGCUCUACAGCAUCGAGCUCUUUCCCACCACCGUCAGACAGCGUUGCCUCUCUCUAGUCAACCUGUCCUUCCGACUGUCCUGCCUGGUCAACACUUUGUUCCCACUCAACUCAGACGGAGCCGUUUCAUUGGCUGCCAUGCUAGUGUACAGCGGUGGACCGAUCAUAGGUUGUGGCCUGGUUCAGCUGCUGCCGGAGACCAGUGAGGUUUCACUUCCAGAAUCACUGGAAGACUGUGAGAGGCAGACUGGAAUGAAGAAAUCCUCUGGAGGACAGAAACCGAAACAAACCUGUAUGAUAAAAAAUUUAAAUUGAUUUUUAAGAUUAGAAAAAAAUAGUUUAAUGUAAUAUUGUGUUUUUUAUAGACUAGAGGUACAGUAUUUUUCAUCAAGCUGAUAAAAAAAGAAUAAAAAAAAUAACUUUCUAAGGAACAGUAUGUGGGAUUCAGUGACCCCUGGUGGUACAGUCAGGUAAUCCAUAAAUGGUUGGCUUAAGGGAAAAAAAAACACAUUUAUGGCUAGAUUUUUGUCAACUUUAGCUCAGUGUUUUGACAAAAUUUUCCAUUUUGGUAUAUUUUUAAUGCUGACUUUUCCAUAUCUAAUGAACAGACAGGACACAGACUCCUGUUGUCCAAGAAAAUAUUUUAUAAUGAGAGAAAAAUGGAAUUACUCAUGUCUACUAAAACAGCCAUCAUCACUGGAUGUAUUUUAACUUGAAUUCAUAUGAAUAGAAGAACAAAUAGUGAGUGAGAAUAAAUAGAUACCAGACAAAACAUUUAUGGAAAACACAGAUGAUAAUAAGGUUCAGGGAGAACCGCCACAUCUUUAGGAGAGUGGAAAUCUUGGCAACAAGAACUGUUAGAUUUCUUCCUGCAUCUAUUUUUCUAAAGACCUGAUAAAUGUAAUGGUGCACCAUACAAAACCUGAUGCUCUGCAAAAAGGAACGGACAUCUGGCCCUGAAAAACAAUGAAAUAAAGAAGUUAAUGGAGAUUGAUUUGGUCAUGUCAUAUGACAGAUACACAAGAUUAAGACUGUACUGCUCAUCAGAUCAAGGGCUUUGUCUCAGUUCGAUGGCAGAUGCCAUGCCACUAAACAGAUUUCAGCAGAUUAUCAGAUACAUUAAUUUUGUUGAUAAUUAUGAUAAUGCUGAGAAGCUAAAAUCAAACCUGUGUUGGAUCCACCUAAGAAAACCUUCCAGUGAUCCUGGAGAGUUUCAAAUGGUUGAUGAAUACAUCAUUCCAUUUAAGGGGCACCUGUCUCUCAAGCAAUACAUCUGAAGGUGUCUGAAGGUGAGAGGAGGCAGCCCUGGAUACAUGGACAGAUCUGAUGUGUGUCAGGGUUUCACUGGUCGUAGUGAGAUUAUGGCAUGAUGGCUGCAGACGUCGUCACGCACCUCUGUAAUGACAUACAGCAAAAAAAAGGUUUUUUUAUAUACUUUUUUCUGCACAAUUUCACUCAUCCCUGCAUUGCAACAUAGUUUUCACCUAUUUCUAUGAUCAGGUUCAUGUUCAUUAAAUGUCCCUUACAACAGUAAAAACAAAAGUGCAGUUUAUGCAUAUUUUCCACCAAGAGGACAUGUUACCUACUUCUUCAAAAUUAAAGUGAAAUAUUUUUUUGAUGCCUUAAGAGUUAUAAAAACAGCUUCAGUACAUCAUAGCAGCUUAUGGAGAAAAAAAACAUUCAGCUGACAGACUAUGACUACCUCAUCCAGAAGAUGCAAUCUUUUUUUUAAUGUAAAUCCUUUUUUUCAAAAGGCCUUUGUAUACUUCUUGCACACGUUAAUUAAAGUCUUGACAUUAA